CUCGGCGCCAUUCGCUGAAGCCGGGCGCGCGCAUGGCGGCCUAGUGAGCCAGCGAGCUUAAAGGGGAGGCUGGCGGGCGGAGAAAGUGGCAGCUGCGAGGCCCUCGGGAUGUUCGUUGCGCGCAGUAUCGCGGCCGAUCACCGCGACCUCAUCCACGAUGUUUCCUUUGACUUCCACGGGCGGCGGAUGGCGACCUGCUCCAGCGACCAGAGCGUGAAGGUCUGGGACAAAGGUGAAAAUGGAGAGUGGCACUGUACUGCUAGCUGGAAGACACACAGUGGUUCCGUGUGGCGUGUGACAUGGGCACAUCCGGAGUUUGGACAAGUCUUGGCAUCCUGCUCUUUUGACAGAACGGCUGCUGUAUGGGAAGAAAUAGUGGGAGAAUCAAAUGAUAAACUGAGAGGGCAGAGUCAUUGGGUAAAGAGAACUACUUUGGUAGACAGUAGGACGUCAGUUACAGAUGUAAAGUUCGCUCCCAAGCACAUGGGUCUAAUGUUAGCAACAUGUUCAGCAGAUGGCGUUGUUAGGAUAUAUGAAGCUCCAGAUGUUAUGAAUCUCAGUCAGUGGUCUCUUCAGCAUGAAAUUUCAUGUAAACUAAGUUGCAGUUGUAUUUCCUGGAAUCCUUCAAGCUGUCGCGCUCAUGCUCCUAUGAUAGCUGUAGGAAGUGAUGACAGCAGUCCGAACGUCCUUGCGAAAGUUCAGAUUUAUGAAUACAACGAAAAUACCAGGAAGUAUGCAAAAGCAGAAACACUUAUGACUGUCACAGAUCCUGUGCACGAUAUUGCAUUUGCUCCGAACCUGGGGAGGUCCUUUCAUAUUUUAGCUGUAGCUACCAAAGAUGUCCGAAUUUUCACAUUGAAGCCUGUAAGAAAAGAACUGACUGCUACUUCCGGACUGACAAAAUUUGAAGUUCAGUUAGUAGCUCAAUUUGAUAAUCACAAUUCCCAAGUUUGGCGUGUGAGCUGGAACAUUACAGGCACAGUACUUGCCUCAUCAGGAGAUGACGGAUGUGUAAGGCUAUGGAAAGCUAACUACAUGGACAACUGGAAGUGUACCGGAAUUCUGAAAGGUAAUGGAAGUCCAGUCAAUGCUAGCUCUAGUCAGCAGGGAGUUUUUAACGCUCCUUUGGGCACAGCCAAUCCAAGCCUCCAGAAUUCAGUCAAUGGGACAUCUGCUGGCAGGUAUUUCUUUCCCCCUCUGGAUUCCCCACGGGCUGGAUCAAGGUGGUCCAGUUAUGCCCAGCUCCUACCUCCUCCUCCUCUGAUAGAGCACUCUUGUGAUGCUGACACUGCCAAUCUCCAGUAUCCUCACCCUCGCAGACGAUAUAUCUCUCGACCUCUUAACCUGUUACGGGAACAUGAAGGGCACAUGGAUAUGGAAGACUUCAGAUAUAUUGCAGAUGAGACAUUUCCAAGCUUCUUAGCUAACUCACUAACUAGUCGUACUAGUGAAAUUUGGGACAAUAUUACAAUUGCAUCAAAUCUUGGUUUACCAGUUGCUGCUUCAACUGAAGCCAGACAGAAAACUGGCUGUCAUGAAAGACAUUGUGAUCAAGCAUCUUAUGUGGAAGAGAGAUUAUCUGUUCCAUCACCAAACAGUGGUGAAUCUCCUUCUGAUCCAAGGAGGAAGCUCGCUCUUAAUUUACAGGAUUCAGUAGGCAGCUGUAAGAACCCUGUAGAAACACUCUUGGAAUCAGAAUUGGUCCAGAAAGAAGACUCUGAUACUUUGGAGAGAAGAAAAAAACAAAAUUGCAAUGAUGAAUGCUUGGGAAACAAUCAGGAUACUCUGUGUGAGAUUCUUCCCCUUGAACAUCUGGAAGAUUUAACUACUGGAAUAUGCUCCUUUUCAAAAAGAAAGAGUCAAGAUGGCAAGGUUUCUUCAUUAAAACUUAGUUACAAAUGGAUAAAAAAUACAGUAGAUGACAAUGAUGAGAUUGGCUUCUCCAGCUUAAUAGAAAAUGAAAAACUGAUUUUUGCAAGCUUAGAAGACAAUUCUUCAGAUGGUGAUAUUGGGGAUGAAGAGUUCUGUGAUGAUCAAUUGGAGGCUUACUUUGAGAAGCUGGCACUGCCUGAAAUGCAAGAGGAUGAUAUUGAACAAGAUGAACUUGAUAAGUGUAUUAAAACUGGGGAAUUGCUUCCAGAAGAGGGAAAAUUCCAGAUACUUAAUGUUUGUCAAGCAGCAACAAGAAUGGAUUCUCCUGAUAGUGAUGAAGAUUUGCAUGAGUUUGUGGGAGCUGGGCACAGUGCAAAGAGCCAGCAAUUCAUGUUGCAUUUAACAGCAGCGCCAGAGGAAGAUGAAUGCCUGACUCUUGAACAGGAUCUGUUACGGAAUGAUAGUUCUGAUAAACCUGUUGAAAUGGAAAGAAUCAUACCAGAAAUAUCCAUUACAGCGAAAGAGUCACCACUGAUCCAUUCUGGAAUAGUAGAUGUCCUUGACGGUGGUGGUGAAGAUAGAACAGCCUUAAAAACAAAUAUAUUCAACAAUGGCAGAAAAGUCACAACAGAAGAUGCUGAAAAUCAGAUUCCAUAUGUGUCUCCUGAAGAUACUACUUAUGAUAGGGAUGUCCCAAACAUAACCAACUGUGCUGAACUAAAACUAGAUUCUCUAUAUUUUAAAUGUAUUGAUGGUAAUAAUGCUGCCUCUGAGCUCUGGAACACAGAGGAGCAAGACCAGUCUUCUUAUCUGUAUCAAGUUGCUGAUGAUAGCAAUGUUCCUCUAGCGGCUGAGUACCUGUCUCCAACUGUUUGUCAGACAGCAGAUCUGAAUCAAGAGGAAUCAUCUCCUAAUGUUGUAUAUCAAAAUGAAGAGGGGAGAUGGGUGACAGAUCUUGCAUACUACACUUCAUUUAAUAAAGAACAAGUCUCCAGUCUCUUGUACACAAAUGAAAACUUCUUUACUGGAUCUGAAGCAAUUGAUAUGAUUGCCAAAGAUCAAGAAGAAUUUGAGAGGGAGCACAGGUUUAUGCAGGAAGAGCAAAUUGAUUCACAAAAUAUGUCUGAAUUAAAAGAUACAUCAUGGAAAUCAGUUAGUAGCUAUAAUGCAGUACGAGCUUCACAAGCAGAAGACUUCAGCAAAGAUGCUAGCUAUUUACGGCUGACUCUGGGAGAGUUUUUUGGUCAGAGAUCUGAGGCUCUUGGUUGUCUUGGAGGAGAUGGUGAUGUGAAACGACCCUCUUUUGGUUAUCAUAUUACUUCUCCCGAGAAGAGACAGCCUGUAGCUUUGUUAAGGGAAUCUACUGUAUCCAGAGCCAAUUCUGAUGAACCAAGUACGCGACUGUCCAACACUCCUCAAGGAAACUUAGAACACAGCAUUAAAGAGGAAUCACAUACUGCAUCGACUACAUUCAUUCUUAGUGAAAAGGACAUAUUAGCUAGCAAAACUAGAAGUAUAAAUAUGCAGUCGGAUACCAAAAGCAAAAUGCAGGAAGCAUUUGGAGGAAAAAAAGUUGAAAGCAUGCACUCUGAACUAAAGUCACCUGUGCUGAGUAUAAGCACAAUUGCAUCUGCUAUUGCAAAUGCUUCUGUUAGUGCUGAACCUUCACAGUUAGCCGCUAUGAUAAUGGCACUUUUAAAUAACACAAGAGAGAGGAACAACAUUCUUGAAGCUGGCAAUCCUGCAGACUUCUCUGUAAUCAGUCAGUUUUUAGCCAGCAAUGUAGAAAACAGUACAAUUAAUAUGGAGAAGUAUCUCAGGAGGACUGAAGAUGAGACUGACACCAAGUUCAAAAGCUUCUUUAAUCAUGAAGAUGUUAGUAGGGACUGUCAAAAAUCUGUGAAUAAGCAAGAAUGUCAAAUUACAGGAAACUUGUCCAAAAGCAAUUUGUAUAGAGAAGAGAAACAGCAUCUGGAAAAAAAGUAUGAGGAAAACUGUUCCAAACACAAGACUUGUGAUGCUUCCUCUGAAAAGAAAAAUUGCAUAGAAUAUCUGGACUCAUAUUUAGAAGCAGUAUCUAAUACAUGUAGUAACUUCCAAUCAGAACAGCUAACCACCAUUGCACCAAGUUCAGAAGAGAGAUCUGGGUGUGCUGAAGUUCUCUUGGAGGGGGGCAUAACAAAGAUGACACAUGCCGCUCACUUUGAACCGGAAGGAAGAACUAGCACAAGCACUUCACCCUUGAAUUUAAAAUCAGUUUCAGUAUUGGUUUCUCCUCUUCCGGCGUGUCCUCACAAGGAAAAGGUUACACAUGAAGUUCAGUACAAAAACAAGCAAAAUGGAAGAAUCCAGAAAAAGAAUUCUGCAUGUAACAGUGAAAAACAUGUGACUUUUGACAAAUUGCCUAUUGAUAAUCAGCAGCUUGUUGGUGAAGCUCUUGUCGAGACUGACGAGAAGCCUGCAUCUCCUAUACCUUGUAUGCAGAUUUCAGAUGAACAGUAUAGCUUCAGGCCUUCAACCUCUCCUCUUACUCAUUCAUCUCCAAGUGAAUCUUCUGGAACAAUCCUUUCAGGAUGUGAAGUUGACUAUCCUUGUACAACACCUAAUUUUAAGCACUCAGCUUACAAUGAUAGUUCAUUGCCUCAGUCAGCAUAUUCUAGUCCUAGCUUGGAACGAUUGACCUUUCUGUCUGCCUCAGAAAACACAACUAAGAAUUUAGCUCUUUCUAGAACAGAGAGAUGUCAGAGUAAUGGUUCCAAUGAGUUGAGCACAACCAUAGUUUGGACCAGUCCAUCUUCAGCACUGGAGCAGGACACUGAAAAAAAGAACAUUACUUUACAAGCAAACAAAAUCCCCUUAGUAAGCACUACCCAAAAAAGUCUUAGUAAGAAACUAGAGGCAGAUGAAUCUACGGAGCCUAACAGCCAAUCUGAGGACCAGAAGUCAUCAGCAGAAUUUGCAUCAAAAAGCAAAGAUCAGUUUGCACACAUUUGUCCUAACAUGGCACCCAGCAAUAAUGAACUUUGUCAGGUGGAUGCUCCUAUAACACGCCAUGACUAUACAAACACAGCACAAGGACUAGGCUUACCCUCUCUAAAUAUGUUGCCAACUUCCAGAGGUUUUGAUGGCUGUAUUCCCUUAAAUCAAAAUACAGGAAACUUGAAGUCCCAUAAUGCUGCUUCAGAGAUUCCAGGAGUACCUUCUGUGAUGCCAACCCUGUUAACAGGUUGUUCCCUUAGAGCAACUCCAUUUGCCCAACAAUACAUGGGAAGCUUUCCAUCAAGUGCAAAUAUUACUUCGCCCCAGUAUCAUCUUGGUUGUCCUCCAGUUCUUGGUCUUCCAACAGGACUGAUUUAUUCUAGCAUCCCUAUGGGUCAUCAUCCAAACUCACUGGCUGCAGGAAUGCCACUAGGUCCAGAUACUAGGUCUGGAUUGUUGGGUACAACUCCACAUUAUAAGUUUACAUCCAACCCACAUAUUCUAAGUAGUAAAUCAGGUACAAUGCAAGACGCUGAUAUUGCCAGACCUAGACAGUGGGAAACAUCUGUGCCAUUUGAAUUUGGGCAAGUGAGAGUACCAGAAGAAAUAAAAUUCUGCAAUGCUUGUUGUGUGGGGCUCACAUCACAAACGGUCCUUAGCCUUCUUAAUCCAUCUGAACGCUGGCUACAAGUUUGUAUUGAUUUGCGUAGUGUUACUCUUAAUGGUGAAAAGAUGGAACCUCUGAAACAUGGAUGUCUACUUUUUAAGAACAAAACUAUCAUAGGACCUUGUACUACAGAAGAAAUAAAAAUACUAUUCUUACCCUGUCAAGCAGGAGUCUUCCAGUGUGUACUUAGCGUUGCCUCUUGGCCAUUUUCUGCAGAUGCAGAGACAAUUGUCCAAGCAGAAGCUUUAGCAGCUAGAGUAAUCUUGAAUGCAGUUGCUGAAAAUCCUGAGCUCGAGGUGGAAACAAACCAACUUGACUUUGGUGAUCUGCCAUCUGGCAGCUGGAAAGCUCUUCCGCUAAAACUGAUCAAUAAGACACAUGCUAGAGUGCCAGUAAGACUUGUUAUCAAUGCAAAUGCUGUUGCGUGGCGUUACUUCACGUUUUCCAAGGAACCUAUUAAUUUUCCCAUUAAAAGUACAGUUCAUACAUACAACAUCUCUCAGCUAGCAGCUCCUUCAGUGAUCUCCCAUGUCAUGAAUCCAAGCUACGAUGAGCAGGAUCCUGAAGCUGUAAUAGUUUGGGUCCAGUUUCAUGCACCAAGUAAACGCCUCUCAUCAGAUUUUUUGGGCCCAGCGGAUGAAUACUUGGCAAGAAUUGAUGUGGAGGUUGAUUGUCCAGAGCCUACUAACAUUUUAAGUAUUCCUCUUUGUGCAAGAUCUGGAACUCCUAGAAUAUAUGCCCCAAAGGGUCUGCAGACUUUACAUGUGUCUGCAAGAAUAGGAUCAUCAACAAGACAACAGCUGCCUCUAAAGAAUGCUGGGAAUAUUAAAGUGGAUUUAAAGAUCAUGACACUGGAACCAAGUAACAGCAUCUCUGUUGAGCCUGAGGAACUGUCUCUUAUACCUGGGGAAGAACAAGAAGUGACAGUUCGGUUCUCUCCAAAGGACUGUAGAAGCACUGAAAGCGUUGUGAAAAUUUUUGUAUUACCUUCUGGGCCAGAGUAUAAAGUGACUGUGAAGGCUGAAGUACCUGUGGUGGACAGCAAACCUUUCUCACAAAUGUGCCACAACUCAGAAGUUCCUCCCAUCCUUGCUAACAAGCAGCUUGUGGCAUGGGGCGGAGUACAACUUGGCAGAACAGUUCAACAGAAAUUAAUUCUGAGAAAUGACUCUCAGACUACUACCCAGCAGUUACGAUUGCUGAUAAGGGGUCAAGAUCAGGACUGUUUUCAGAUGAAACUUGGAGAACAUGUGUACAGCAACUGCGAAAUCAAAAUCCGACCCAAACAUGAUUACAGUGUGUCCUUAAUGUUUACACCGUCUCGUUUAGCUUGUAUGUUUGCAAAGCUUGAAAUGAAACAGCUUGGUUUUCCAACUAGACUUGGAAUCAAGUUCACUAUACCCUUGUACGGAUAUGGGGGCAAAAGCUGUGUGAUUUUAGAAGGUGUGAAAAAACACUGUAACAGAUACCUGGUGGAACUGAAUGAGCUGUCUCCUGGGGAAACAAGCCAGGUUUCUUUCUCUCUAAACAAUACAGGAUGUCGGGCUGCUUAUGUGAAAGCAUUGUGUUUUAGGAAUUUCUCUGAAGGAAUUAUUAUGGAUCCAAAUAUGCUGAAUUUAUUUCCAGAGAAGUUUGUUCUUAAAGAAGGUGAGCAGCAGAAAGUUACAGUAACAUGUAACUCUGCCAAAAGCGAACAACAUAAUGCACCAAUGUUAUCUACAAUUUGCUUCUUCUAUGGAGAUGAAAUAUCAAGACAGCAAUAUCUCAGAGCUAUCAAGCAUAAUCCAGAAGAAGAACAAAAUAUACUCCCUGCUAAUAAUCCAGUGACAAAUGUAAAGUUCGAUGAAGAAUUCCCAGGGGAAAAGCUGGUAACUGAAGUAUGUGAUCUUCCACAACAAAUAAAUGGUAUCCAGUGUUUUUUCAUAAAUAUGAGGAGGAUUAUUCUUUCUGUUUAUAAAGCAUCUUCUAGUGCUACUUUGAAUGCCGUGACACCUUCAGCACAUCUUACAGCACUGGAUAGACAUGGAGUGCCUGAGAAACAGAGCAUGACUCUAGAUGUACUGCCUGUUAAAGGACCUCAUGCUUGUGUCCUUCCCUCAAAUGUCAGCAGCCAGAAUGAGAAUAAGCUUGUUUCUCAGGGGACCUGGUCUGUGCAACCUGAAUUUCUGUGUCUCUCAGCUCCUUCUCUGAGUGGAGCAACAGAUACUAGACAUACACAAAUAACCAACCAUUCAAACAGAUCGUUGAAAUUUGAACUAUCAUGGCCUGCUCAUUGUCUUACAAUAACACCUCAACAUGGAACUAUUGAGCCUGGAAGCUGCAUUUCAAUUUAUGUGAGUCCAAAUCCGUCACUUGCAGAAAACAAAUUAGUAUUUCCAUGGAGUGGUCAUAUAUACAUACAUUGUGAUAAUGGACAAAAGUUUGUUAGAGUACAAAUUCGUGAGAAUACUUCUGAAGAACAAUCUAGAAGGAACCCAACAGUUCCUAAUUUAGGCGCUCGACAUCAUAAUACUGAGCUUCCUGUUAACGUAAUAAAACCACUUCAAAAGCCACCUUCCACACAGCUUGAGAUAAAGAAUCGGACAAUAGUUUUUCCUGAGACAAAGUCUAGUGAAAACUCAGAAAAACGCCUAGAGUUUGAAAAUAAUGGGAAUGAAAGUGUAAAGUGGUUUUUGACGUCUUUUGCACCCCCUUACGUCAAGGGAGUAGAUGAAAGUGGAGAGGUUUACAGAGCGACAUAUACAGCUUUUCAAUGUUCCUGUAGUUCUGGUACACUUGAAGCUCAGGGGAAAGAAAAGGUUGUAAUCAUGUUUUUGCCAAGAGAUAGGGGUGAUUAUUCUCAGUUCUGGGAUCUUGAGUGUCACCCACUUCAUGAGCCUCACCUGAAAGACAAGCACAGACUGCAGUUUUCUGGAGUGGGCAUUGUAGAAAAUGAAACUUUAAAGAAUGAAGUCUCAUCUGCUUUAGUAAAAGUUAGUGUUCCACUUACUUCCCAAAGAAGAGAAUACCCUGACACCUCUGAUCCCAAAGCUAGGGAAGGAGUAUAUGCCCAAGAUGGUGUCCAUACAUUUCCUUCAACGAGGGUUGGUGAAUCAAGCAUGUUGAAAAUCCGCAUGCGAAAUUAUUCGACCUCUUCAAACAUGCUGAAAUUUUUAAGACCCAGGGAGCCUUUUUACAUCAAGCAUUCCCACUAUAACUUAAGAUGUCAUCACUACUGCAACUUACCAGUCUUUUUCAGACCCGUGUCAGCAGGCAUUUUCAAAAGCUUAUUGGUGGUACAGACAGAGAAAAAUGAUACACUCACCAUUCAGCUCAUUGGUGAGGGCUUGCCACAGCAGUAGCCAUUAGCUAUUGUUAACACAUGAUAAAUUUACAACUAAAUUAUUGAAUUGGCAAGCUUCUUUUUUGUACACUAAAAUUAUAUUUUGUGAGAAACGGGUGCUUUGUAAUUUUGUAAUUUUAAAUAAAAUAAUUUUGUAUAGGCAUCAUGUCACUUAACACUACUGCACUUUGGCUGCCAGAAGCAAGACUAUCUCUUAUUUUUGUAUUGUCUGCAAGUUAUAAUGUUUGUUUGUUUUUUAAACUCAAUUUCAUAAAUAAAAGAUUUC